UUGAACCCACACCAUUUAUAGCCUCGCAGUAACCAGCAAUCUUAUUAUGAGAUUUAACUUUGCUCCAGCCGGACUCGUGCACGAGCGGUGCUCCACUCCAUAACCCAACUCUUAAAUCGCGGGCAACAGUUAUAACUUGCUGUGGGCUCGCGUUAUAACAGACAGUACUGUGGUGUAGGGGAACUUCAGCCAUGUGCUCUGUCUGUCUGUGCGGAAUACAUAAAGGCUCUGCCUUGAAUUAAUCACUCGCUCUUUAAUGGAUCUUUGAGGAUCGCGCUUGACGCAGUGAGGAGCUGCAGCUCUUUGUAUUCCCGGGCCAAGAGGAACCUUGUGUUUUCCCCGUCCGAUAUCUACUGUCUCUUACAAAAUGUCAAAGGGUUCAUGGUGACAUAGGGACCCCGGUUUUGCUUACGGAGAGACUACAGGGCUCUUGCUUCGACAGAGAGACAGGCCAGAUACUGAUGGUGGAUCUCAGAGAUGCAUGUGAUCACUGGACAGUUUAACCCGAACAGCCGGGGGUGUAACUUUGGGCCCAUAAAUGAGACUAAAAUGGUGGAUGAGAAGAAGAGACAAGAGGAUGAAAGCCAUCAACAAUGCUGUACACUGGGGAAAUAAGCACAGCGAAACAAGACCCAGCUCUAGCACUCAACCAUAGUUAAAACCACUCCAUUGGAGACCUAACCUGUAAAUGCAUAAGCUAUGGUCUUUAAUAAGUGGCUUGAAAUAUCAGUACAUCAACCCCCAACUCAUGUGAAAUAAUUCUCUGGACCAGAGACUGGACAUUUGUGUCCCUUGGCUAAAUCAAGAGAUUGGGUUUUUUACCCUGCCAGAAUACUGUGAGGUUCCAUCCAGCCUAAUUAAAAGUCAAGUGGUACCACAAGCUGCUACCAAUUGGUAUUUCUCAUGGCUUCCAGGAGAGCUUCAGGAGCUUUAAAUGGAGGCAUGGUGACGAGUGCCUUCUUCUGCUCUGUGGCCAUAAUCUAUCUGACUUACAUAGGUACAGUGAGGGGGGAUUGCUGGCUUAUAGAGGGAGAAAAGGGCUUUGUAUGGCUGGCUAUUUGCAGCCAAAACCAGCCCCCCUAUGAAGCUAUCCCUCAGCACAUCAACAGCACCAUAGUGGACCUUCGUUUGAAUGAGAACAAGAUCAAAAGCAUCCACUACUCUGCCCUUAGCCGCUUUACCAACCUCACAUACCUGAAUCUGACGAAGAAUGAGAUUAAUUAUAUUGAGGAUGGGGCUUUUUCAGCCCAGUUCAACCUACAGGUUCUCCAGUUGGGCUUCAAUAAAUUGCGGAACUUGACAGAAGGGAUUCUCAGGGGUUUGGGCAAGCUGCAGUACCUCUACCUCCAGGCCAACCUGAUUGAGACUGUGACACCCAAUGCCUUUUGGGAGUGCCCAAACAUAGAAAACAUUGACCUUUCCAUGAACCGCAUCCAGGUGCUAGAUGGGUCUACAUUCACCAGCCUGACUAAGCUGACCACCUGUGAGCUCUACACUAAUCCUUUCAACUGCUCUUGCGAGCUCUUGGGGUUUGUCAAGUGGCUUUCAGUCUUUCCCAACAGAACGAGUGAACGAAUGGUGUGUGAUUCUCCUGCCGGAGUCUCUGGUUACAGUCUCCUAAGCCAGAAUCCAAACAACCCAACGUUCCGUAACGCUCUGCAUAUGCUGUCCACUGUGUGCACGGAAGACUAUGUGACUCCGUACAUCCCUGUGCCUCCUGAGACCACCACUUACCCUCCUGACUCAACACCGUGUGGGCUGGAGGACUGUCCCUCUGGGACCGAGCCUGAGGAAAUCAGCAUCAGUCCCACAUACAUUGACUUAGAUGUGAAACCAAUCAUGAAACUCAAACAGGUGACUCACACAAAUGCAGUAAUCACCGUUCAGAUUCCUUACCCCUACAAGAAAAUGUACAUACUUGUUCUGUACAACAACAGCUUCUUUACUGAUAUACAAAAUCUAAAACGACAGAAAGAAGAUAUUGAACUGACAAGACUGAAACCCAACACAGAUUACACCUAUUGUGUGGCUUCAAUAAGGAACUCCUUGCGUUUCAAUCACACCUGUUUGACUCUAUCCACAGGGCCUAGAAAUGGAAAGGAGAGAGUAGUUAGCAAUGCAACAGCCACUCACUACAUAAUGACUAUCUUAGGUUGUCUUUUCAGUAUGUUAAUUGUUUUAGGCAUUGUGUAUUAUUGCUUGAGAAAAAAGAGACACCAGGAAGAAAAGCACAAAAAGGCAGGCAGUAUGAAGAAGAACAUAAUUGAGCUUAAAUAUGGUGGGGAACUAGAAGGUGGGACUAUAUCCAGAAUGUCCCAAAAACAAAUGAUGGCAGGGGAGAGCAUGGCCCGCAUGCCUUAUCUACCCUCAGGCAGUGACAUGGAUCAGUACAAACUGCAAGACAUAUCCGACACGCCGAAAAUGGCCAAAGGGAAUUACAUGGAAGUGAGGACAGGGGAGCACCCAGACCGAAGGGACUGCGAAAUGUCAAUGCCUAGCAACAGCCAAGGCUCUGUGGCAGAGAUCUCAACAAUUGCCAAGGAGGUAGACAAGGUCAACCAGAUUAUUAACAAUUGUAUUGAUGCUCUAAAAUCAGAGUCCACUUCCUUCCAAGGGGUGAAAUCUGGUGCGGUAUCAACGGUAGAACCUCAGUUAGUACUUAUAUCAGAGCAGCCUCAGAGCAAGUCUGGCUUCCUUUCGCCUGUCUACAAGGACAGCUACCACCACUCUUUACAAAGACAUCACGGAUCUGACGCCUCUCCAAAGCGUCCAAGUACAGCAACUGGUGGUCCAUUGCGGAGCCCAAGGCCUUACCGUUCAGAGGCGUCAUAUAAGUCUGAGUCAAAGUACAUAGAGAAAACCUCACCAACUGGGGAGACCAUCCUAACUAUCACACCUGCAGCUGCAAUACUGAGGGCAGAAGCAGAGAAGAUUCGCCAGUACAGCGAGCAUCGACAUUCCUACCCUGAUUCCCACCAAAUUGAGGAGCUGGAAGGACCAGACAGUCGAAAAACCUCCAUCUUGGAGCCCCUGACGAGGCCUCGGCCCAGAGACUUGGCUUACUCGCAGCUCUCUCCCCAGUACCACAAUCUCAGUUACUCUUCCAGUCCUGAGUACUACUGCAAACCAUCGCACAGCAUCUGGGAGCGCUUUAAACUCCAUCGUAAGCGUCACAAAGAUGAGGAGUACAUGGCUGCAGGUCACGCCCUGAGGAAAAAAGUGCAGUUUGCUAAGGAUGAAGACCUGCAUGACAUUCUAGAUUACUGGAAGGGAGUGUCAGCUCAGCAGAAAUCUUAAUUCACCUUUGUCUGUGUCUUUUUCAGUUUUGAUGGACUACAAAGAACAGGACAGAAAUAAAUCGAUGAUCUAGUGAAAUCACAUUCUAUGGAUAAAAAAUGACAUGUCAGUGAAUUUCAACUUAGGGAUAAAGGUUUGUGUACCAAAAUUUUAAGAUGUUACUUAAAGCAACAAGAGGAGAAUAUAUUGCAAAUAUAAAAAUAUAUAUGUUGAAAUGGAUUUUUAGUAUUUGGUUACCGCAUGGCCAAGUCCUGUGACAGUGGAUUUGCUGUUGUGUACUGUGAGACUUUAAAGAAUCCACCCAUGACAGAUCUUCUAAAAUCUUAGUAUUUCUUCUUGCAGGACCACUGUACUUUAUGAACAGUUUUCUCCCAAUAUUUCAGUUGUUCUAAAUACAGAUGAACUAUGUACAGAUACUGUUUCUAUAUUUGCAACGUUUGCUGUUAAAAUGGAAAAAAUCUAUAAUGUGUAUGAUUCAGGUUUAGACCAUGGAUUUUGGAGUUAGCUCCUGUGAUAUUAUCUGUCCUUAAAUGAAUGUUUACCGUCCUGAUGGAUAAACAUUGCACUGGUCAAUGAAAUGGCAUAUUUUUCUGUAGACGACAGUUUACGCAACCCUGCUUUGCCAAUUUUCUUUCUUUAUCCACGCCAUUGAUCAAACCGCACAAUAUUACACUAAGGCUGAUGAAAUGUUACAUUGGUGUAAAUCAUUACCACAAAGUGUAUCAGUUUGGUUGGGAUGGUGUAGAUGAAACAUCUGCAAAAUGAUUGCAGUAGUAAAGCGAGGAAAGCAAAGUAAAAAAGUAAAAAAUAAGAUAAGUUCAGUAGGUAUUUUUGAUUUGUUUACCAGUAACACACUCAACAAAAUGCUUUUGCUUUGACCUUAAGAUGCCUAAUAAUAGUGAGGGGUUAUCUGAUCAUGAACCAAAGUGCUUGGUUGGCAGCUCAUCAUACUUUUCCUGCAGAUGUUUUCCACCCAUCUCGAGCCAACAGCCCAAUGGAUGAAUGUAUUACAUACAUAAUAACAUAAAGCAGCCUUUCAGCUGCUGUUAGUUUUUGUUGUUGUUGUUUUUUACAAUCACCUGAUCCCCAUUUUUCAUGCUGUAUGCUGAGUUUUGAUAUUCAUUCAUCUUUUCAGUCUCAUGUAUUUGUCAUUUCUGUCAACAAUAUUUAAUCAAAAAAAAAAAAAUGUUUUUAAAACUAUGGGUAUUGUUUUAGGCUUUUCUACUGUUUGGCGGGUAAAAUGCUUUUGUAAAUGUUGAACGCCACUGCACGGACAUGGAGAUGAUCAGCGCUGACCGGGAAGGUGAGACAUCAGUGGAAAGAAAUAAACUACUGUAUUCAGCUGAACUUUUGCCAGUAGAUCAGCUGAACAAAGCUACAGGAAGUUACUGGGUCGUCCAAUUUUUUAUUUCAACCGCCUUAAACUUCUGGAACUAUCUGUAUAACUGUAUUUUUCUUUAUCUUUAAGUGUUGAUGUUUUUGAAAGUCUUCAUCUGUUGUCAUUUUUUUUUAAAGACGAAACAUUUCGGUAGAUUUCAAAAGCUGUCCGAUUUAUAGAUAAUCUAGCAAGUAACCUACAUGUUUUUAUAUGGCAUAGUGUAGCACUCCUGUAUCUCAUUCAACUUAGACCUGUUGGAAAAUUUGUGAAUGGAGAGCAUCUGAUACAAACAAGAGCACAAUGAGUGUUAUUUUGUAUUUCUUAAUACUAUGUCACCUGCUUUCAGACAGAGUACUGUGAAAUAAAGGAAAGGGUGCACCCAUA